GGCUCAAGGUCUGAAAAUGUAGCUGGCGCCCCGAGCCUCGCGCGGAGAACCCGCGGGGUUAGCCACCGCGCAGCAUGCGGUGGCUCGCGUGGGUUGGCCUGGCGUGGGCCAAGCCGGAGAUGGCAGGCCCCGAGCUCUUAACGGACCUCGACGCCGGCCUCGCGAGCCGGAACCUCUCGAAGAUCCAAGCGGUAUUGAUGUCCAUUGCCAACUCGAACUCCUCCAACUCGAGCGACGACGGCACGGUGGAGAACAUGUUGAGCGAUGUGGACGAUAUCGUCAACAACACCUUGCAGCCCUCCGUGAAGAGCGACUUUCACGUGGCCCAAUCGGAGCUUAGCGGGUUCUAUGAGCUCUUUCUCAGAUGCGAGGAGGAGCAGCUCUCGAACUUCAAGGACUCCGUCACGGUGCAGCGCGCAGUGGCCGCCGGGGCGGAGGAGCACAACGCCUGCCGCCGGCAGCAGGUCAUCUCGCUGGACGAGAAGCUGUCCUGCGAGACUCUGCUGAACGCCUCCGUCACUGCCAAGGAGGCCAAGUGCCAGCUCUUCCACAGCACCGCGCGGGUGCCGGACAUCUCUGUUUGCAACGCCGCGAUGGAUGAGGACGUCGAGGCGUUCCAUGAGCGAAAGAUCAAGGAGUUUCGCCAUGGCCUCGACCUUCUCCUGGAGCGCCAGAAGGGCUGCCAAGAGGCGAACUUGCAGGUCAAAGACCAGCAGGGCGCCUGCGCCCUGACCGGCGAACACUUCGCAGACCAGAAAGCUGCGUGCGACCGGAAGCAGCUGGAGGUGGACACCGCGGUGUGCCGCCUGCAGCGCCGGAUGGGCACCAACUGCGCGGCCUACAACGCCUGCCGCGCCCAGGCCAUGGUCUCCUUUUCGGAGGCCAACGAAUCUGCCAAGAUGACGGAGGCGGAGCUGCAGACCACUUGGAAGAUGCUGGAGCAGGUGCGGUGCAUGAUCGACGGCGCCAAGCAGCGGGACCCGCACCGAGUGGCGCUGUGCUCUGACAAGACGCAUUUCAGCGUGGCCCACCUCACGCUGAACUACACGGGGACUCCGCCCAUGGCGCCGUGCCAGGCGUUGUCGGAGAGCCCGGGGGGAGCGGAGUACAUGCAGGAGCUUUACGGGCACUUGCCCGAGCAGGCGCCGGCAGCGCCGUGCCAAGCGGCGUGCUGCUUAAAGAUCUGAGCGCCAGCGA